UUUUUCUUUGAGAAAACAAAAGAUAAAUUUGAAAAUGUUAAGAUUUUCUUACAUGUUUUCAAAUCAGUUGAUACUAAACUAAAUUUAUUAACUGUUUUCGUAAAAAUUUACUGAUCAGUACGAUAUUAAAAUGCUAAUUAGAAUUUCCUGUAAAAUAAAGGACAAAAUAAAAUAAAGAACAAAAUUGAAUUUGAGAAAGUAUAAAUAAAUGUAAAAGAUAACUAUCUAAGAUAAAGGACAGUCUUUUAGAAUAAAAGAUGUAUGGUCGCCGUAGCUGUACUAGUUUCUGAACGGUAAAUUUGGCUGAUCAAUUAUACUCUUUUCGAAUAGAUAGAUAUUCAUCAUGCUGAAUAGAGAACCGGAAAGAUACGAGAGAAUACGUGUACCGUUAGACUAUAAUUAGUUAUCCGUUUGUUUCUGAAAUGUAGUGUAACUCCGAGAUAGACAUAAUAAUCGUGAAAGAGUGAUUACGCGGGGUUCUCGUACGAGUAAAAGUACUCGCAAUUAGUCGAAAGCAACGCGAUGAGCAAGCGAUGUUUUCUAAUAGCCAGGGGAUCGAUUAGCAUACCGCGCGAGCAUAAUCGAGUUUUAUCGCCGUUUAGGGACAAUAGGCUAUAAAGCAGUAAGUGCGAGAUUGACUAACAGCAAUCGCGCCGCGUCGUAACUGUAGCUCGAUUUUACGCAAAGGGAACCGCAAAAAGCGCACUGACGACUUUACACGCCCUUCUCGACACGCCUGCGAGGCAAGAAAAUUAUCCCCUUUGAGUUCUUGACACGUGCGCGUUCGAGACAACUUGAGUUCCGAGGUUUGCCAAACAGGAAGAAUUUCAUCUCGUUAUGCCGUUGCAACAGGUGCAUUUUCACUUUCUUUCUGUUAACAAUCGCGUUUCUUCGAGUGAAGUAAUCGGAACCCUUCGGUAAAUGAGAUAGACCGCAAAAGAUUUCUUACAAGUAAGAUUAGCUAUUAUUAUGAAAUCAGUAAGGAAAAAAAGAUAAAAAAAAACUUCAUGCGAUAUUUAAAAUAAUUUUUGUAUUAAAUAACGUGGCAAUUUUCAUGUAUAAUUUGUUUCUUAUCCAAUCUUCAGAAAUGAUAAAUAUUCGUAAUACUCACCAGAUAAAAAUAUAAAGCCGCAAAUACAUAUAUCAAUCAGUUUUCACAUUGACAAAGAUGCAUAAUAUGUCUCGAUAAAUAUAGUGAAGAAUCGUAGCGCUGAAACUUGUAAAUUUGAACGCGUAAGAUAUUAUAGAAAUUUUCGCGCUGGAAGCACACAAUUCGAUUUCGCAGUACUACAAACAUCGUUAUCUGCUCCGUUCGGCGGCUUACAUUAAUUAAAUGCAAGCGCGAAAUCGCAGGAGCGAAGGUAAAGAGAAAAGAGAGAGAGAGAGAGAGAUUCGCAUGCGCGCGGAUCCUCAAAGAAGCGAGUACGAGCUCCUUUGAGCGUGCAAGCGUCACGCAAAGGAGCGAGUAGGAGAAGACGAAGAGGAAGAGAAGAAGCGGCGUAAGCGGAGGAAGCAGAAGAGACGAUCAUAAUGCCGGCUCUGCUGUAUAAGACAAUGAUACAGUUACACGAUGCUCUCAGUUGUGAGUCAAUCGUAAGAGGCACGACACAAGGGGGUCCAUAAAACGCGAAAGUAUAAUGAACCGCGGCAAGGACGACACGCUAAUUAGACGCCCGGCCCGGUUAAUUAGAGGAACGAACGCUCGUUAAUAUUGCCGGAAGAAAAAAGACCUCAGAAGAUAGACCGGAGCGAUCUUCACUUCGUCGCGGGAUGUCGAUCAAGUCAGUGAUCCAGUGAACACGAAUCUCUCGUAGUGAUCUGAUACAAAUCGAUCUUCGCGUAAAAAGGCAGAAAAGUUUUAUGCCUCUGUGACGAGGAUUAUUUUCGCGUUCGUAUGACGUGUACACCGCGCACACCGUAUCGCGAUUUUUCUUGAAAUACCACUUGUAAUGCCGUUGGGAAGGUUUUGUUGACAAUUACAUUCCUCUAAUCGCGACGAUCGCUCAUCACGUAUGCGUAUCUUCCCUCGAAUGGACACUCUUUCAGGGACGUCUCGUGUGAAUGAACCGUGAUUCAUAAAUCGCGGAUAGAAUAGAACGUCAGAUAACGGCUAGAAAGCAAUAACUAAAGCGUUCACGUGUGUACUAAUGAGGCCUGGACGGGUAAGCCAGAAUUAAUUGAAACGCAAAUAUACUUCCUCUCAUGUUUUUAUUGGGAAUAAAGUAGGCGAUCAUGUCAUAAUAAUGAGAAUCAUUUCUAUGAAAACUGUGAAAACAGAAAGUCGCAUAUACCAUGUGAAAGUGAAGUGAGGAGCCUUUAAAACAUGAAGACUUUAUUAACAGCAAUGGAACGUCGGCAGGGAUUUCUCGUUUUUAUCAUCUAUCUCUUGCGAUCCUGUCAAGUAUCGCACUCGAUUGGCCUCACGAUUGAUAAUCAGCUUGUAAUCGUCGCGAAUGACUGUUACACGAGAGUAGCCAUCGGAUCCAAACUACCGGACACGGAUAUCUUUUCCAACGUCGCGGUCGCUAGCAUUUCGGAAUGCGAGGACGAGUGCUCGAAAAGGAGAAAUUCCUGCAAUGCUUUCGCUUUCGGGAUUGGCAUGAAGGGUAACGGAACAUGUGCGUUGAGUGCGAACAUGCCCAAGCCUGAAGAACUACAAAGUCACGCUGAUUACGAUGUCUACGUGAGGAGUCAACGUUCGCCACUCUGCGAGCCAGAUCGACUUUACAAGAUGGGAACCGGUGGUAUAAGGCAAGAAAGAAGAAACGAGACGGUGCCGACCACGAUGUUCGGAAGCGGCCUUUUGGGCUCGACAGUGCCAAGUAUCCUGUCAUCACCGAGACCCGUGGGUAAUGUGAUGCCUAACGUCAAUGGCCCUUCGUAUCAACAAGGAUACAUGCCUUCUUUCGACGACGAGCGCCGGAUCAACGAUAUCGUUAGAAACAAAAAUCCGAUGUCACCCACCAGCAAUCCUUUCGGGAUUAACUACGCGAAAGUCGACUACAACGAUCUAUCAUUAUACUCAAACCGAAAGUCGAACUUCGGUCAAAGAACGCAUUCGGACCCGAAGUACAGUCGUCCUAAUUUUGACGGACCGUCCUUUCAAAAUCCUUUCACCGGAAUCAAUCACUUGAGCUUUGAAUCGAAUUUAGACAACGAUCUUCAUUCAUACAAGGCCCUCACCGUUCAUAACGGACUUUUCGAUGUUUUCUCGAGACCCAUUUUCGUCUACGACGGAGCCUCCAAAAACAAAUCCCCGACUGAUUUCGGAUUUUGGGACGAUCACGAUUCAACGAAACAUCGCAAUACGAAUCACCUCGAUAAGCAUCGGCAUCAAGAGUUUCUUAAUAACGUGUACAAAACUUCAGGAAUUAUCGCGAGACCGAAACAGAACGAGUUAAUCGCUGGAAAUUACGAUUUCCACAAAAUCUCUCGUCCCACCAUCAAUUCUUAUGGCUUCGAGACCAACGCGGCAAGAACCUCGAACGGAGGAUUCAAGGAUACUUCCGACUUUUGGAAUCCAGGACUGUUGACGAUGUUUCACAGUUUCGGGACAAGGAUCCAUGAAAAAUCGAAACCGUGCUACAGAAGACUGCUGUCUGGCAAGAAGAGCUUGGAUCUGCACGUCAGACGUGCCAUCGAAUGCGAAAGGGUCGAGGACUGCCAUCGCGCUUGCGACUACGAAAAGCUUUUCACGUGUGAGGGCUUCAAUUAUAGACGCAAUGGCCAUGGAGCGAGAGGAAUGUGCGAAAUGACGUCGGUGCCUUAUUCUCGUAUGGAUUUCCAUCGGGACUUUGUAUCGGAUCCUCAAUGCGAUUAUUACGAGAAGGAUCCGAAUUGUGUGAUAAAUACGCCUGCGACGAGACCAACUUGGUGGAAUCAACAGUCCAGACCUGGUCAAUCCUAUGGUCCACCUUACUCUCCUCAUGCAAGACCAGAUACAAGACCCUACGUUCCGGAUCGACGACCCUUGACUGGAACGCCACGGCCUUUGGAUUACGAUCGACGGCCCUUGAAAGAUAUUCCGCGACCAUUCGAUUUCGAUCGGCGUCCUUCAAACGAAAUCCCGCGGCCCGUGGAUUACGCUCCUAGACCCGCGGAACAUGAUCGACGACCACCAGGUGUUUAUGGAUAUCCUCAGAGCGGAUUGUAUGACGAUACGUUUGAUCGAAAGGAUUAUCCUCCUGAUUCAAUGCGGGGUGGAUAUCCGGCGACGAGACCAGAAGAUCGUUUCGGCUAUGGCGCCCGAUUUCCGCCUAGACGACCCAUGGAUGAUGAUUUUUAUAACAGAAACUCAUGGGCGCGGUAUCCAAAUAGACGGAUCGAUUAUGACAUAGGCACAAACGAAAUUGGCUCCUACUUGCCGGACCAUCGAAAAGAUCCAACUCGCGACUGGGGUUCUUAUAGCACCGUUUACGGCGGUUCUUACGGCUACGACACGAAUUAUGUAGGGAAGUUUGACGUACCGAAGUACUACCCGAAAUCGAAUACUAAACAGCUGCGUCCUUACGAAAAUGAUCAAUUCUACGGCGAGUUUUAUAAUUACGGCGGCGCAUUUGGAUACGGCGACAAUUAUAUACCGGCUAAUCAAGAUUCGCUUUACGGCGGAACCGGAAGAACCGAGGAGUGCUCCGUUCGAGCCGGUGCGGGAUUCAGACUCAGCAGAGGGGUCGUUCGGAAGACAUACCUGACGCCAAAUCUGGAUCAAUGCGAGAGCCUGUGCAUUAACGAGAAAAGCUACGCCUGCAUGAGUUUUAGCUACAGAUACAACGUAGCACCCACAGAUCCUACGGACAAUUGUCUUCUUAGCGAUGUUUCGUACAAAGAUCUCAACUUCUACAUUGACCUCGAGCCAGAUCGUGAUUACGAUAUUUACGCCAUGGUGACCAAUUCGAGAACAUGCGGCACGAAGAGAGAACCGAGCUCGCAUCCUCCAGACGAGUGUUUUUGGAGAGUCAGAAGCGGAUUCGGCAUGCCCACGGACGUCGUUAGAAAAUCGCUAAUAGCCGACAAUCUAGGCGGGUGUCAAGCAGAAUGCAUGACAACGCAAGACUUUAUGUGUAGAAGUUUCGCGUUCAAAUACGGCUUGGAACAAGAACGAUCAGAUUUAACUAACUGUUAUCUAAGCGAUUGGCCGUCGCAAGAUAUCAAUCCUACCCAUAUGCCGGACAUGGACGGCGCAGAGUUAUACGAAAGAGGCAGCUUUGGCAGAGGAUGCGAACCUUACGCUGUACCGUUUUUCAAUAUGGGACGGUUUAAUGGCAAACAAGGAAACGAAGUAUGCUAUUCUGGAUAUACUAAGCCGUGUAAGUUAACACCCUAUGCUGUUCUCUCGGCAACGUAUGUAAAUUCGGAACAGGACUGUCGGCAUAAGUGCUCGAGAAUGAGAGAAGCCGGUUCAAAUCCUUGCAUGUCCUAUAGUUACAAGCUCACUACGCAUGGCACAGAAGAAAAUUGUUUACUCAGUGACGUACCUAUAAGGGACUUGCGACCGGGUCUGGAUUAUACAUAUGAUGACAAUCAUGUUCUUUAUUCAUGGAAAGACCUGGAUCCUUAUUGCAUGACCCCAGGUUAUUUACACGAUGAUGAUCACGUGUUUGGCGGACCAAACCCGUUAAAGCCACAACUUCCGGAUCAUUUGCGGCCCGAUUUUCCCGGCAGGUAUCCCGGUACGAGACCCGAUGAUAUUUAUAUCGAUCCAAGACCUUUCUUUACCAAACCGGGUGGAUAUGGCAUGAGACCGUUUGAUCCUGAUAGACCUGAUCCUAGCAAACCAUAUCCUCCUGGUAGUUAUGGAUAUGGCAGUUACGGCGGAGACGGUGGAUUCGGAUCUCUUUACCCGGAUGAAUACUCGACCUUCAGUUACUACACGGUAAAUGGUUAUCCGUGCAAGAAAGGUACAAAGUGCGAAAAAAAUAAAAUCGCUGGAUUUUGGGGUUGUGAGACCGAAGGAGAUGGAUUCGACAGCUGGGACUAUUGUUGCGCGCCGACUCAUCAUUGCGGCUUUUCGGAAGGAUAUCAUUAUCCAUGGUGCUACGUUGGAAUGUCGGAGGAUCAAUGGCGUCCUUGCAGCGAAAAGUACCAUCCCUAUCUCCCGAGUCCACGACCGAUUCGGCCGAUGAUUGGUAGUGAAGAUCGCUACGAUCAACCCAGUCGUCCGUACGAUCCCGGUAGACACUGGCCGAUCACGUACUUGCAUCGAGAGCCACCACCGAAUUGCACGGACUCGCUCGCGUCCGCCGACAACAGCGGAAAUCGUCGUUCGAACGAAACAACAAUCUCGACCACGAUCGAAACACCGAGGAGCACCACCGUGAUCGUCAAGAGCGAUGAAAACAGCACCACGGUCGCGAGCAAAACGCGCCGGCGACGGUUACGAGUGCGCACAGCCAACGACACGCGGAACGAUCGUAAUGCGAUCUUCUCGCGAAAUAUCGGCGCACAGAUCGUGACGAAUGACGCUAUACGGACUCGCGAGAAACAGACGAACCGGGAUCGCGCCGGGAAAAUCCAGCGAGUUUCAAGACCGACGACGAACAUCGAGCCGUCGUCUGCCACAAAAACCGUUGCGUUCGUGACGACGAAUUACGUCGACGAUGCGCAAUUCGAAGAAACGAAAAAUAACGACGGAAUGAUCAGAGUGCCUCUAAUCGCGCCAAAUAAAUCACUGCCAGCAACGGGAGCUUGACUAUCCAUGGCGAAGCCAUGGUCCCGCCAUCAGAAAAGCGAUUCAAAUCGGGACGAUAUCGCUUGAAAGUCAAAAUUUGAACAAGAUAAGUCGCGAGAGACAGUUCAGGAUAACUAAAAUAUAAUGCUAACGAUACGUUUAUUUGAGAGAUAUGAAAGUUAUAUUUAUAAUCGAGUUAAUUAAUGAUAAUUAGUCUUGUAAUGUACAGUUAUAUGCGUAGCUCCUAAAUAUACAAAUAUAAAAUUGAUUUUUGCUAAUAACUCAAAAACGUCAAUGUCCGUAUUAUCGCGCUUAAAAUUUGGGAUUAGAUCGUUACAUAAUAUGGGGCAAUCAAACCCGGAUUAUACCUACGGUUCGGUGAUAGCACAACGUACAGUUUAAAUUACUUCUGGGAAUGAAUGUCGUAAGCCUUUGAAUGUCAGGUUGUCUUGCGGCGUUGAGUUUUGUAUCAUACUUGUUACCCACGAUCUUACCGUUGUCUUAAUUCUUAAUACUAUGCUAUGAUUCAAAAAUGGAGCAAAAAAUGUUAAUUCGUUAGCGUUAGCAAACAUUUAAUUUUAUUUUCUUUCAUUUUCGAAUCGCAGUGCGACACUAACACAACAUUAAUAGGAUCGCGUAUAGCAAAUGUUUUAAUGUACAAAACUCCAUGCUAUGUGGCAGCCUGACAAAGAUCUAAGGCAUUAAUUUCCGUCAUUUGUAUAUUGUACUGUUACUAAAUCGCGAGUACAAUCCGGUUUCUUUUUAAUUGCCGUUGCAAAAUGCGGAACUGCAUCUAACUCCUCGCAAAUUAAAAUGAUGAUAAAAAUUGAAAUACUUCCUUAUUCUUACAUUUACAAACUAUUCUAGAUUUUCAACCGCGAAACUGUUCGAAUAAUAAGUUCCCUAAAGAAAGAGAUCUAGUGAGAUGUUUCAUCAAUAACUGAUGAUAUUUCAUCAGUUAACUGAUGAAAUAUUAGUUACUGAUAUAGUAAUCAAUUUAUUGAAACACUAUUAGUUCUUUUUCAUAAGGGUUGUCCUAUCGUGAUUCGUAAUUGUACUUAAUUUAAGUACUUAAUCGUUUAAAAAUUAAUUGUAAAAAAAAUUUAUACAAUAAAGAAUUAUUAUCAUAUCUCUGUAUAUUGACUUUUUACUAUAAUCAGAGAUAUUUUUAGAGUUAAAACGUUCAUAAGGGAUUGUCACUGCAAUAACAUUGUAAUUGCAAAUAUCACCGAUAUGCUAAUUACAAGCUUGUAUUUUGUUUGCGCGAUCUAGUGACAAAGAUAAUUUCUAAUUCCUGCAUAGAUUCUUAAAACAUUUUUUUGAGACUCUAUGCUUCUCGUCUAUUGUCUCCAAUCGUAAACAUUUGUAUCCUUUAAAAAAAUUUUACGAAAUAUUACAAAUAAUGACACAUGAUUUUUCAAGUA